AUGGCGGACACGUUCUCUGCUUUUCACCGAGUUCUAUCCUUUGCAGGAAUAUCAAUCUUCAAAGAAACCAAUUGGAACUCAAAAUUCUGGUUCACCGUCCAAAUAUUCAACUUUAUCAUUGGACUACUUUGUUUCCUCUUCACCUCUGGUUUCGUAAUUAGCAGUUCCUCUGACCUUCUUCUUUUCAUUCAGGGCGCUUGUAUUUGGACCACCGGUGUCAUUAUGACAAUAACACUUGGAAUAUGCUUAGUUUUUCGCAUCCAAUUCAGAGACUUUCUUACCGAGAUGGCUUUUAGAGAUGCAGCAUUGGAUAUACCUAUCGUUGAUUACAUUUUUAAGGUCAAUAAUGGCAAGAAGAUGCUGCAGCUUAAGAAAUUGGUUGUAGAGUCGCAGAAAGAUUUGUUAAAUUAUACUAGUUUACUGUUGAAGAUAUAUGUAACGGGAGUGUGGCUUUGUGCCACAUUGUAUCUCUGUAGUCCAAUUUACAGUAUGCUUGUUAGUGAAGACAAAUCUUUGAGGCUGCUAGCAUUCGACAUGUGGUUUCCCUGGAGUUUGGCGGAUAUAAAAGUGUACACCUUGUCAUUUAUAUUCCACGCAUAUGCCGGUUACUUAUGUUGCAUAGCUUACCCCGGUCUUCAAUCAACGAUAAUUCUACUGGUCGGUCAAAUUAUUCGUCAAUUGAGGAUAUUAAAUUUCAUUCUACAACACUUGAACGAGCUGGUGCUAGAGGUUAACCAACAGAAAGAUGAAAAAUGGCAAAAAUCCUGCACUACGGUCCUGUCUCAGUGCGUUAAACAUUACGUAAAAAUUAAAAGAUUCAGCAAUCGCCUAAAUGUAAUAUGCCGCCCUUUCUAUUUGGCGUUGAUUCUUGUGGCCAUUAUCCUUGUUUGCAUGUGUUCGGUGAAGAUUGCUAUUUCUGAUAAGCUGAGUCCGGAUACGAUAAAGUAUUAUGUGCACGAAAUCUGUUUUAUCUUCGUCGUGUUAAUGUUUUGUUUAUUGGGACAGCAAGUCGAUGACGAAUGUGCAUCCCUAGAGCUUGCCGUCACCGAGAAAUGGUAUAUUUUCAAUCGCGCUCACAAGCAGAAUGUGCGAAUAUUCAAAAUGGCGCUCAGUCAAAGAAUGCCUAUUUACAUCUUCGGUACUAUUACCCUAUCACUGCCAACAUUUACUUGGUUCAUCAAAACUGGGAUGUCUUUCUUCACUUUGGUAAUGUCCGUUUUAGAAGAACAAUAAAUCUCAAAGACACUGAAACCGUUAAAAAUACAGAAGAAUCACUUUGGAAAAUUAAUAUAGUUUAAAUAUAAAUUAUCACAAAUAUAAUGUACACAUGUGAACAGUGAUUUUUUUAGUAAAAGUUUUCGUUUGAGUCCUAAUUAUUUGUAUUCGAAUAUUACUCAUCGGAGA